CACGUGACGGGGGCGUGGCCAGAAGGCGGAAGUCACCUGAGGAGGCCGGACAUGGCGGGCGUCAAAGCUCUCGUGGCCCUGUCCUUCAGCGGAGCCAUCGGGCUGACGUUCCUCAUGCUGGGCUGCGCCCUGGAGUACUACGGUGUGUACUGGCCUCUGUUUGUGUUGAUAUUUUACUUCAUCUGCCCCAUUCCCCACUUCAUUGCCAGAAGAGUGAGUGAUGACAGUGAUGCUGCCAGCAGUGCCUGCAGAGAACUGGCCUAUUUCUUCACCACAGGAAUUGUUGUCUCAGCUUUUGGAUUUCCAAUAAUCCUUGCACGGGUUGAAGCAAUCAAAUGGGGAGCCUGUGGCCUGGUGCUGGCUGGCAAUGCAGUCAUUUUCCUUACUAUUUUAGGCUUUUUCCUUGUGUUUGGGAGAGGAGAUGACUUUAGCUGGGAGCAGUGGUAGGACUUCACUCUGGUGCUGGUAAUAUUUGCUAUUUUACAGCCUUUCUUACCAUACUCUGUGUAUAUGUAUAGAUAUUAUAACAUGUGGUGCAUAAACAUGUAGCUUUAUCAGUCCAUAAUGUGCUUUUUUAUGAUGCACUUCAGCCAAAGGGACAGUGGUGACAGUUGGCUUAAAGUAUUCAGUCAAAUCUGGAAUUACUAUCAUGCAAAUUUGUCCUCUAAGUUUACAAAACAAGGAGUUUUCCCUGUUUUUUCACUAUCAGUGCAUUAACUUUUGGGUUAAUUGGUAUUAACUGAUAUCACAUUGAUACAUGUGACAUUGGUCAACAUUCCUGUUGGGUUUUGAACCAUGUAAUCAAAGUAGAACAGUAUAAAGAUUAUCCUAAUUGAUAUUGUUUAACUUGAUCAAUCUUUCUGCCUUGAUUAGGGAUGAGUUAAUAUUUAAUUUCAUCUGAUGGAUUGUAAUUUUAUUGUUUUUUUUCUUGAUAACAUUAAAAGAAACAUAAGUCAUGCCAACUCUCUUACUACCUAAUGAAAGCAAAAGGAAAUAACCCUGGUUAAAAAUCCUUCUUUCCAUUUAUGAUGUUUGUUUAAAAGAUACUUUUCUCCCCACCAAGAUACUCUGUGUCCCUAUUCAGCUUAAUAUAUGGGGAUAUAUUUGGGGAAUAAUAUAUUUUAGUGCUCAGAGCUGACAUUACUUCUCUUAUGAAGGUUCAUGAAAGGAGAAACUGCUCUCAGGACACUUAAAAUUACAAUCUUGUGUUCAUUUGCUUUUAAAACAGACUUAUUCAAUUACUAUUUUUUUGUCUGUAAAAAAAAUGAUUGCUACAUAAAACACUAUAUUUUCAAAUAGCUUUAUGCUGAUAAAGAGGCACAUCAUCACACUUAGAAAAGUAAGUUUUAUUACUGUAGUUUUGUGAGAAUAGAUUUUGAUACAACCCAGAGCAAAGGUUCAAAAUGGAUGGAUUUUCUGUGAACACUCAGAUACUGGGGACAGAAAUCAUUCUGUGGUCCAAGUACUGGAAUAUGGCUCAAGUAGGAAUGGAAAAUCAGGUUUCAGGAAGGUUAGUUCCAUGUUUUAAAUUGAAAUAUCAGCUGUGUGUGAGGGGAACAGUUCAGUGCUGGGGAAUGCUGGGUUUUGUACUGAAGGGUGUCCAGGCUGUUGUUCUGGUAAAAGAAGAAUUAACAUGAAAAGACAGUUUCUCCUGGAUGUUAAUGGUAUGUUGGAGAUAGAGCAGGAUAUACUUGCCCAGAUGUAUCUUAGUGUCUUCUUCCUGGCUCUGGAUGAAAUCUGCUGGACCCUACUCCCAUGGGAAUUAUUUGGCCUAAUUAAAAGCCAAGUUCUUUGGAGUAAACAUCAUUUCCAUGUCUAAGCCCUGCUUUGAUUUUUGAAGAACUUACCUUUUUUUCGUACAAAAUGGCAUUUUUUACUCAAAUUAAUAAAGUGUAACAGCAACAAUAAUACCCAGUUUAAGUGCCUGAUCCUAUAAAUGCCCAGUGCCAUUGCUAACAAUUCUAUUUAACUCCUGGUGGAUUAAAGUUGAACUUUGGAGUGGUUUCACUCCUUAGCAUUUACCUACCAUAGGCUGCAAAACUACUCAAUUACUAAGUUUUGCUUUCACAGUGGGGGGGAAAACCAGCUGAGAUGAUUUUUUCUUUCAAUUAGAGAAUGAUUAUUUGUGGAAUGUGUUGUAGAUGUCUUAAAUAUCAGUGUGCUGGUGGCACGGGGGGACACAGGAAGGAAACAGGGACAAUCUAAACUAAACAGGAGGAGCAGAAAGUGCAGCUCUGAGGAGAAAUUGCUUUUUGCCAAAUUAUCCUGCUGUACUGUAUUCCCUUGGUCUGGCUGGGGUUGGUGGGGACCUCAUGAAACAGCAGGUGAAUGUUGAAUGCAGAAGGCCAUUGCUUUUUAUUUUUAUUCUUUUUGAAACACUUACAUGCACUAAUCCUUAAUGUGAACUUCAUGCAGUUUUCACAUGGACUUCUUACAUUUAACUCUUAAAAUUGUUUUUAUCAGUGUUUAAAUCGUGGAAAUCUUCCUUGGCCUCUGUAAAAGUAAAUUUGCUUGAAUCAAAUAGGGUAAAAAAAUUAUUUCAUUGCUUUUUUUUUUUUAACCAGAACUUCACUCACUCACCCAACCCUGGUGCUCUGCUGGUCUGUACUGGGCAUACUGUCACCAUCCUCCAGUAGCAAUUUACUGUGGUUUCUCUGAAAUUGUUUUCCUAUAUGGAAGUGAAUACUAUGUAUCCAAAGUGCCUUAAUUUCCAUACUGUGCCGAUUUUUUUGUGAAUGCAUAUACAUGGCUAUAUCACUGUGUUUCAUAAUGAGCUGAAAAUCUGUGGCUGCAUUUUAUAAAGCUUCCUUGUCCUCUAAUCCUGUUUCCUGUAACUGGGAAUGCAGUGCAGCUUUUGGAACUUUUGUAAACACUGUUUUUAUCUUCUGUGAUUGCCACGUUCUUGAGAUCAUGAAGUAUUAAAACAUGGACAUUAAAAUACAUUCUACUUUUCUUUUUGAGUUGUCUAAUAAAACUGACUUUUCGAGUUGUCUAAUAAACAUAUCUGAUGCUUAA